UUAUAUAUAGGUUGGUUUUCUACGAUACUUGCUCUUACUACAUUUGUUGAUUUAUUGCAGAAAAAUAAGGAUUUCCUUUAUUAUAAAACACAUUUUCUUUUCCGAAGUUUCUUAAAAGUUUUCAGAAUUCACUAUGGCUGUUACUGGUAGCGACAUUUUCAAGAUCAUCUUUGCUAUUAUCCUUCCUCCCUUGGGUGUUUUCCUCGAACGUGGUUGUGGUGCUGAUAUUAUUAUCAACAUUCUUCUUUGCUGUCUUGGUUAUGUACCUGGAAUCAUCCACGCACUUUAUAUUAUUCUGAAGUAUUAAAAGCCCACAUGAAUUUCGCUACCCUUUCUAUCAAUAAGAAAACCCCCCAAUCAUAUACUUUCCACUGUUGAUACGUUUUCAUGAUCUCCGGUUUCUGUCUAUGUGUAUACUUUGUUUCUUAAACUAGGGCAAUCUAUGUCUCGAUCUUCUAUUUGAACUAACGUUUGGUCCAUCUUCUUGUAAGCUAGGUUAUUUUGCUUGGCUUUGCUUGGCUUGGUUUACAAGUGGAUAUUUGAGACAUUUGCUUUCCCCAUACUUUUUUAUUUCUUCUUUUUAUCUUUAUAUCUCGUUGCUUAUGGAUCUUGUUGACUUCUUCUUUAUUUCAAUGCUUUGUUUUUUACGAGAAGUCAAUUGUUUCAUUGUUCUCUCUUUCUGCAAUUUGGACAAUCCUGAGUUUUUUAACAGUCACUUGUUUUCUCUUGUUUUGCAUAUUAUUUUUAUGCCUGGCUUGAUAAUUACGUAGUGUACACAAACUCAAGGAGAAUUCCGGUGUCAAAACUUGAAUGACAAUAAAAAGUUACAAUGGAAAAAACUAUGCUAGUAACCUUUGUAAGUUCUUUCAUAAAUUCUCCUUUUGUAUUCAAAUCUUUACUAAAAAAAUUGUAAAACCACG